AUGGAAGUCUUCAGAGGGAAUGAAACGCUACUGAGUGACGAAUACUUGCAUUGCGGUUUGUUCUUGUUCCGGAUGAAGAAUGAGAUCAAACAAAUAAUUCGAAGCGAUGACCAUGGCGGUGUUGAAGUUAGUACCAAAGUUGAAGUCGAAAACUGUGUCUACUUGUUCGAUCUACCAACGCUGCAAUCAAAAGACGUGUUGUUUAGGUGGACUCAUAUUGCUCUCGCACAAACCGAGCGUUUUAUGGUACUAGACACCACUCACUUUUUGGCAGAAAAUAUAUCAAAGUAUCUUUUGGGUAAUUUUCAGUUUGACAUUGAAACCUCGGUUCUUUCGAGGAAACCUAGGAUUGUGAUUGCCGUAGAUGUUUCUGUGAUGAGGACUGUUGUUGAUGAAACUAAGGAAGGUACUUCUUGUGUGAUUAAUGUUCCUUGUUCUAUUCGUGGAGUUUGUGAUGAAGAAAAACCACCACCACCCAUUGAUCAUGAAUCUGAGGGGGAGCAAGAACUAGAAGACUUACUAGAUUAUGCUUAUGAAGAUGAAAAAGAAGUUGAAGACCCUGAUCACGUUGAGGAAGACGAAGACAAAGGAUCUGUCAUGAUGGAUGUAGAUUCUGGUACAAAUCAGGGGGAUGAGUCAAAUUUGAUAACUGUUCUUCUAACAUUGUUGUCUUUUUUGGAGAAAUCUCCUGAAUUUCUUCACCCAGAAACAACCGUGCCGCGUCUUUUUUAUGGGUUGGAAUUGGUUGAGGCUGCGACAAAGUUCUUUUUCAUUGGAUUCGAUGUUGCCCGGUCGGUUGAUCCAUGUCCGAUUUGUCUUGAAGAGUUCUUGGUCGGAACGGCGGUCGGAAAAACGCCAUGCUCGCAUGUUUUCCACAGAGACUGCUUACUCAAUUGGUUGUCUAGUAAUAAUUCCUGCCCAUUGUGCAGAUCAGUUUGUGGUAUCUUAGUUUGA